AUGUCUAGCCUGUAUGAUCCUGAGGGCCAGCAGGUCUCCUCAGGAACCCAGGAGCUCUCCUCUCACCAAGGGAACUCCCAGAGUGAUCUGAGUUCAGAUGUCAACACCCAAAUCGGGAGGCUCAUUACACCUGUUACUCUAGAUCCAGGGACUCUGACACCUACUGCUCUGGAUGCAGUGACCUAUGAUGAUGUACAUGUAAACUUCAGUUGGGAAGAGUGGGCUUUGCUGGAUCCUUCCCAGAAGAGUCUCUACAAAGAUGUGAUGCUGGAGAACUGCAGAAACCUCACUGCUAUAGGUUACAAAUGGGAAGACCAUAAUACUGAAGAACAUUAUCAAAAUUCUAGAAUACAUGGGAGGCAUGAAAGAUGUCAUACUGGAGAAAAACCAUACGAUUAUACUCAAUGUGAGAAAGCCUUUGCACAUCACAAUCAUCUUCAAAGGCAUGAAAGAAUUCCUACUGGAGAGAAACACUAUGAAUGCAAUCAAUGUAGUAAAGCCUUUGCAUGUCACAUGAUGAAAGUGUCUAAGGAAACUUAUCAGAGUUUAAUUUGGCUUAUGGUUGCAGAAGGAUAUGGGAUCAUGAUCAAAGAGGCAUGA